AGUCCACGUCAUUGUCAAUCACCUCAAAUCCAGUUUCUUUCUCUCCGCCUCCGCCUCCGCUCACUCUCAUCUCAUCCUCGGCAAUAGUUUGACCGGCCGCCCAGUACUCCCAAUUCUCUACCUGCUCAGUUCAGCCGAUGUUCGUCUUCUUCUUUUGAACUCUCCAUAAUUUCAAAAUCCCAAUCAACAAUCCAGCAAAUGAGAUUCUCUCGUUUGGUCCGCAGCGUGAUCGCCAACGCUCCCACCUACCUCUCUCCAAAAUCGAACCCCCGCUUCUUCGCCGCCGCCGCCGCCCCCUCCGACAACUCCUACCAUGUCAGCUCCGGUGGAUUCAUGCGUGGAGCCGUCUUCUGGGAUCCUUCGAGACCGCUUACCAUUGAAGAGUUCCAUAUGCCCCGCCCCAAAGCCGGCGAACUCCUCAUCAAGACCAAAGGCUGUGGAGUUUGCCACUCUGAUCUCCAUGUAUUGAAGGGUGAGCUCGCAUUUCCAAGCCCGUGUGCGAUUGGCCACGAGAUCACCGGCGAAGUGGUCGAGCACGGCCCCAUAACCGACUCCAAGAUUUCCCACAGGUUUCCUGUCGGAUCUCAUGUCAUUGGAGCCUUCAUCAUGCCCUGCGGCAACUGCUUCUACUGUUCAAAGGGCCACGAUGAUUUAUGCGAGGACUUCUUUGCGUAUAACCGUGCUAAAGGAACUCUCUAUGACGGUGAAACUCGCCUUUUCCUCCGUAACGGUGGGAAGCCAAUAUUCAUGUACAGCAUGGGAGGUCUUGCUGAAUACUGUGUGGUACCAGCUAAUGCAUUGACGAAUUUACCAGAUACAUUGCCUUAUACAGAGUCUGCCAUCUUAGGAUGUGCUGUGUUUACUGCUUACGGUGCUAUGGCGCAUGCUGCUGAGGUUCGUCCAGGGGAUUCGGUUGCUGUUAUUGGAGUUGGAGGUGUUGGCUCAAGUUGUUUGCAGAUAGCAAGGGCAUUUGGGGCCUCUGAUAUCAUUGCUGUUGACGUUCAGGAUGAUAAGUUGGAGAAGGCUAAGGUUUUUGGUGCCACACAUACUGUGAAUGCAAUGAAGGAGGACCCGGUUGAAAAGAUCAGGGAAAUAACUGGAGGAAGAGGUGUGGAUGUUGCAGUGGAAGCAUUGGGCAAACCGCUCACUUUUUCACAGUGCACCAGAAGUGUAAGAGAUGGAGGGAAAGCUGUGAUGAUUGGGCUUGCAAAAGCUGGCUCAGUGGGGGAGAUGGACAUCAAUCAUCUAGUUCGUCGAAAGAUCCAAGUGAUUGGUUCAUAUGGAGGAAGGGCAAGGCAAGAUCUUCCAAAGCUGGUAAGGCUUGCGGAGUCGGGCAUAUUCAACCUCACUGAUGCGGUUACCCGGAAGUACAACUUUGAGGAGGCAGGCACAGCAUUUCAAGAUCUUAACGAGGGGAAGAUUCUUAGUCGAGCGGUUGUUGAGAUCAUGUAGAGUCUGGUGCGUCAUGUUCGUUUGCCUUGCCAGAUUGAUUUUCUUCUGGGACACUUCUACUGGUUCUUUGUUCUUCCAGACAAGGACAAUGGCUAUUUGCCUAUUUAUAGUAUGUAAGGUUUCUGUUGUACCGUAAGUCGAUAUCGGCCUGAUAAGAAAAAUAAUAUCCGAAUCCUUUGCGACUGAUCUCUUCUGGAGCUUUUUCCACUGUUCUAGCACAACAUAACGAUAUGACCUAGCCUUGGCCAUGAUGAACAACAGGCCAGGAGUGAGGACUGCCAUGCCAGUCCCGUGAAAAUUUGAAUUUGAUCAAUUUCAUUUUCUUGAGAAUCGGACUGGUCCACAGUUAUUGAAGAAGUGACAUGAACGGUCUUGUCACUGUCUCAUUCAGUGUAUGUAUUGUAUAUAUAACAUUACAAUUACAAUACCAAAUACUUCGCUCUCAUAUAUCCCUCAUCACACCCCAAGGUAGCAAACUAGCAAUGGCAAUCAAACCUAUGAUUGUGGGUAUUCGACUGCCUCCGACCCAAUUAAUGUGAGAAUACUUGCAUUCACUGCGUAUGGACGAGUAUGGGUAAAACCUACAAAAUGUUCUAUGGUUAUGGGACGGGUACGGUUUUAGCCUUCCCUCUUCAUAUCCAUACCCGCCCCACCAAGAGCAUUUCUUCACAUAUAAAAAAUACAUUGAUCAAAUUGUAACCUAUCAAUGAUAGUGAGGGUAACUCAAGAAAAUAAUUAGUAGAAAUGCAAUUGAGUGGUCACCCAAAUCAAAACCUAAUUCAUUUUCCUCAAUUCUCUCUUCAAUCUUUAACUUUUUCCCUAGUGUUAACAACAUUAGGUUAGUUAGUUAUUACUUAGUAGAUGUAUCAGAGUUAGCGAAUAAUGAUUAGGACAUUGUACUCUAUCUUAUGGUAAUGGAUGUUUUAGGAUAAGAUGCUUUGAACUGUAUUGAGAAUGAUUGUCUCUUUGUUGACUUCAUGAUAUAGUAGGUGUAUUUAAUGUUAUAAUUGAAAAUUUUAUGCAUAUAAUGUUGGAUGUAUGGGGCGGGUAUUACUCAUGAGUACCUGAAACCCACGGGUAUGGGGAAUUGGUUUGCAAAACCUUCCCCGUAUGGAUAUGAGGCGAAUAUGGAUUUGGAUAUUUGAAAGUGAGGAUAGAGAUGGUUUAGGAAAACCCGCACCAAACCCUCCCAUUGCCUUCCCUAGCACCUUCAGUGUGACGGAAAAUAGCGGAUGUGCACACUAGGUAAUCUUUAGUAUAAAAUUCGAUCAAAGCUUGGGGAGCUAGGGAUUUUGGAAGGCAAAUAGAAGGGAAAGUGAAAUGAACGAACGAGGAAGACGAAGCGAAGAAAACAGAGACUCGAGUCUCUUUUCAUCUGCCAGCCAUUGUACUCUUUCUGUUUACACCAUAAAAUUUGUCUUGUACCACAUUAGUGAGUUACAAGAUAAUCAAUGAAUUUAUAAGACCACAAUACUUAUAACAAUUACUAUUGUUUAAGUUGGGCCUUAUGGAUAUUGAUUUUAAGCCCAACCCACUAUGUCAUUAAUGAGCAUGGCAUGAUUCAAUAAGGGACAUGGGCCUCUCGUAGGAGGUCAUGUCAUGCUACGAGAUUGCAUAUAAAUAUUAUAAUUCUUU